AUGGCUAAAGAUAAAAGCGAACAUCAUAGGUCCAGAUGGAGAAGCCCUUGGAUAAACGAAGCAAUAAGACAGAUCAAACGCGAUUACUGGGAAAAAUUUUCAGCUUACAUGGAACAUGAUCUAUAUGGAGCACACAAGAAAGUAUGGAACAUGCUAAGAAACCGAAAGAAACAAACAGAUAUAAACAACUACCGCGGAAUUAGCAUCUUUAGUGCAGUACAGAAGUUAAUGAGGAAUAUUCCGGCGAAGGAAAUAGAACAGACAGGAUUAAGCGAAGAAGAGCAAAGCUUCCAGCAGAACAAAUUCACGGUAGACGCAAUAUUCAUACUACGACAAAUAGCUGAAAAAGCUAUAGAAAUUAGCAAACCAAUAUUUAUAUGCUUCGUUGACCUCCAGCAAGCGUUUGACAAGGUGAAGCUUGGUGACGUGCAACAGCUCUUAAGAGCCAGAGGAGUGAACGAAAAUAUAAUGCAUAUAAUAAAAUAA